AUGCCAAAAAAGCAGCGAUAUUCUUUGGCUGAUAUGCCGGAAAAGGUGAUUAUGCUGAUUUUGGAAAACUCCGAUUUUCGAUCUAUCCUGAACCUCCGGAAAGUUUCUUACGACCUGAGGAAUUUCAUAGACGAGAAAAAACCGGAUUUGCAACUGGAAAUCAUUCAAAUUCAUAUCGACAGUUCUCGAGUCAAAAUUUUGACUGCCUCUGAAAUCCCAGAAGAAUUCAAGAAAGUUUUGAAAGCCAAUCCUCUGAAAACUGAAUGUUUUGCAAUUACCACAAGCGGCCCAAAUGAAAUCCUGGACGUUAUCUCUUCUAUCGAUUCUGGGAAUUUGAAAGAAAUUUGUUUCUAUAACAUUGACGAGUUGCCCGAAGAAGUUUGGGAUUUUGAAGAAAUCGUGAAGCUCGAGCAAUGGAAGAAUUCAGCAAUUCUAGAGAUGGUUCAAUUUUAUGUGCAUUUGGAAAUUUGGAAUUUCUUGCAUUUUUCUCAAGCUCAUUUUCGAAUUUUGGAAAUUACUGUAGAUGAUAUUUUCGAAUUGAAAAAGAAUUAUCUCCUGAUGCCAUCUUUCAAAUUUGUUCACGUGGAGUACAAAAACCUGAUUGGCGAAAUUUAUGAAAUGGGUGCUACAGAGCUUGGAAACCACCAAAAAUGGUUGUUCAAGUUUCCAGAAAAUUCUGAAUUUGUUCUUGAAGUUUCGUUGUCUCCUAAGAAUCUAUAUUUUCGAAAAAUUCCAGUUUCCCAUGUUCCAGAUAGUGCUCUGAUUUGA